CAUGCUGAAGUGGGAACUGUUGAAACCAUUUAGGGAUUGAAAAUUAACCCUCCCGAGCUGUGAUGCCAAUUUUCUCGGAUUUAACAGGUCCUUCUGCGCCAGCCUCGGGGUCUGACAAAUUCAUUCAGCAUCUGCGCUGCCGGACAAAGUCACAGAAAAGAUGAAUAAUAAAGCUAGUAUGAUCCUAUUACUUUGGAACUCUCACUUGGCUUUGCUCUUCCUUCGAAUUAGUAUCCUUUCCAUAGCCCGCGCGGGUCCUUUGUGUGCCCUUGCUGAUCCAGCUUCAGGCACAUCAACUUGUGCACGCAGAGCCAAUACUUCUUCUUCCAAUGCCAAAAUUCAUCUUCUGCAAAGCUCGCCGACUUUCUCUCUCUAAAUUAAGCCGGUGCUGUAAAGUCAUCACCUCUUUU